AUGGUAGCCGACCUAAAACAGGCACUGCGUUGGGUCUGCACGUUCCCGAAUCCAAUCUACCAGCUAAUCGCCUUACGUCGUCAAUUAAUGAAGAGCAUGCACGAGGCGGUAGCUGCUCAGCAUCGACACUGGAUAGCAGCAGACAAAGUGACGAGGGAAGCAACACUAGGCAUCCAAGUGCUCGUGUGUUUACUGAACGACUUACACGAUGCUACAGUGAGUCAAAGACGCGAGUUUCUUGAAGAUCUACUGCCAUUUCUACGCUCCAUGGGCUUUCUAGCUCUCUGUUCUAGACGAAAUAGUGCUGAGAUCUUGGAGUUUACGGACAAGAUCCAGCGUUUCUUGCUGGAUAUGUGUCCACGCUCCUAUACACUCCCUACGACGUCCCCCAAACUACCGGCUAUCUCGUCUGGAAACACGGAACAGGAUGUAAUGGACCGUACUAACGCAGUGAAUGGCUUGAUCCACCUUGCCGCAGCCACAGGCUCAAUUAGAGACUUCUUAGUGGUCCUUAAAGUGCUUCUCGGUGUUAACAACAACGCGUCCGAGUCGAUGAAAGAUCUACGACUUUCGUCACGUUCGCUACUCACGUCCUCCGUCCCGUCACUCAGAACUGUGCGCAGUGAGGAGCUCCUCCCUAAUUCCAAACGAGAAGACGAUUUGACGCAGAUACACUUUAAACCUGGAGCGUCUUGUCCGUAUUCCAAUAAACCACAAACGGAAAUCUUGGGAGAUAGCACGACGCAGGAAACGUUUAAGAAAAAAACAUUGAAAGGGGUCAAAACGAGUGCUCAUACUGUGAGUCUCGCAAUGCAUCAUCGACUGCUGUACAGUAGUCCAGGCAACAACCUCGUGAAUAUACAGAGGACAAAGGAAGAGCUCAAGGACGCGUUGGUGAUGAACGCAAGUCUGUCGCUGGAUAUGACCAAGAUGAGGGACUCGACUAAGAGUGACACGCCAGUCCUGACCGCGAGGUGUCCGAAAUUUCGAACGCUCAACGUCCAGUGCGUACUUGUAGAGCUGGACCGUGUCAAAGCUUCUGUACCGACACGAGGGAAACCACCGAACGCGUUUGUGUCGAAUGAUACGACGAUAUUCCACGAAGACGAGGGCGAACGAGAAGUCUGGAGCUGUGGACAGAAUUCGUACGGAGAGCUCGGACAUGGAGACACGGCGUCACGGAAAUCUUUCGAGCGGAUCCAGGCACUUCAACAGAAGGAAAUUAUUCAGAUCGGCGCUGGGAACGAGCACACGGUCGUGUUGACUGCAGACGGCAAAGUUUUCACGUGCGGGUAUAACGACAAUGGCCAAUGUGGACAAGGAGGGACCGCUCGAGUGAGUCAUUUAAGCGAAAUUCCAAAGAUGGACAGUGGGAGUUCUCAAGCUCACGCGUACAAUGGAUGCGAACAUACGAUUCUAGUCAGUACGGAUGGACGGGUAGCGACGUGUGGGUACAACUAUCGUGGCCAAUUGGGGCACGGCAACACGACAAGCGAAAGUGUUCCAAAGAUUAUUCGAAGUCUGGAGAAUAAAAUUGUACGACUGGUGUCGUGUAGCUAUUACCAUACUGUGCUGGCCUGUGAGGACGGAAAUCUGCAGAAUCUGUACACUUUUGGACGCAACGACUACGGCCAAUUGGGUCACAAUGACUCCAUUGAUCGUAAAAUUCCUCAAUUCGUCGAAGCUUUGAGUGACCAACAAAUCGUUUCGGUCGCAUGUGGACAAUACCACACGAUGGUGGUCACAGUUAGUGGUAAAGCCUUCGCGUUUGGGAAAAAUGAUUACGGUCAAUUGGGUAUUGACACUAUGGAGAACCAACUCGCUCCUGUACAGGUACGAGGCGGCUUGGAACGCCAAGAAUGUCUGGAGAUUCGAUGCGGAUAUUACCAUACGAUAGCUCUCUGUAGUGGGGCGCAUUUGUUCGCCUUUGGGCGGAAUGACUACGGCCAACUCGGUCUAGGUCGCUCGAAUGCGAGCUCGACGAGUAAUCUCCAACUUCAGCAGCAGAGAUUCUCGAAUGCGAGGUUAAUUGACGAGUUAGAAGGGAAAGAUAUCGUCCGUAUAGCAUGUGGAUGUUACCAUACAAUCGCUGUCUCGGAUAACGGCGUUAUGUACGUUUUCGGGCGUAAUAACCACGGCCAAUUGGGUACAGGGGAUACGACUGAACGGGUGUACCCAUUUCCUAUUGACGAUUUUGUGGGGAAGAGAAUCGCGUUGGUUGCUGCCGGUUUUUACCACACUGUAGUCCUUACGGGAGGGAAAGAGGACGACAAGAACGAACAAGAUUCGGGAAAUGACAAGGAAGAGGUGAGUGCUUCAAGCGGGAUCACACAUUCGACCAUCCUGUCUUCUGCGACCGUCCAGCUACUACUCGACCCGGAACUCCCUGGGUUUAAUGACAUGGAUACUGCUAUGUACAUGAUCCUGGCAACUCUGCGCAUUCUCCAAGCGAAUCUGUCGCAAAUGUUACGAUCCGGCCUGGCCAAGACAGUCAUCUUAGUCUCUUCAGACGCCACGUCACGUAACACUGAGCUGGAAUGUAUGCGCGUAGCAAUUCUUCAAGUUCGUGACGUGUUACUAUCGCUAGUUGACCUCAAAAGUCGACGGAAUGUUUGUAACAUUCUCGAAAAUUCACCAAAUGAAGGCGAACAUGUCGGUAGAAUUGCGGAAGACGCUGUGGCCACGUUGAUGCAGGGAUUUGAGCUCUUCUUCCCGUGUCAAUGUCUUCGGCGUCAGUUCUGUAUGCACACGAUGCACGAGCUCGCAAGAGACAACCCGGAACAUUCGUGUGGCCUGCUUUGUCGACGUGAUCUGUGGCUUAUUGAUAAGUUACCGAAGUCGAAAUCGCUGCUACUUGAGCCGCUUUUAAGGAGACUAACGGAAGAUUCGCUGAUCGUCCGAACGUCGAUAAUAACUGAAGUGUAUCAAGUUCUUCUCGAACGUAUCGCUGCCGAUUUCUCAAGACGGUUAGGAGACGUAGUAGCUGACGUUAACCCACGACAAGAAGGCACGUUAAGAGCGUUCUUUAACACCCUCGCUGGCCUGCAGAAACAUCUCUCUAGUUGGGCUGCAAGCACUCCGGAGUGGACUUUAAAAGAGGACCCAAAGGCACAACUCGUUGCUGGAAUUAAAGAGCGAGUAGCUGCUGUGGUUGACCGAGUAUUUCGUGUGGAUGAACACGAUUUGGAUCGUGUUCCGCGGUCCUGGCGUUGCUUCAUUGAGUUCGUAGUUGCAGCUUUAGGACAAUGCUGCGAAGUGCUAGGCCAGGUAUGUUCCAUGGAGACGAUGCCUAGUCCAACGAAUGGGUACGCAAGCUUCGAAUGUGGGGAUGAGUCCUUACGCGGGAAGGUAUUGGAGACUAUGGAACAUUCGAUUGCUGGCCAGUUUUUACCACUACUAGUGGUAAGUUUGUUUGAGUUUAGUAACAAUUCUCUGUUCGCGGCAACUUUGUUGCCGAGGUUGAAGAACUUACUGAGGCUGUUAGAUGGGCUUAAUCAACAAGAUAGCGACGCGCAACAAGCCGAGAAAGAUUUUAAAGAAAGUUACGGCACUGGUAACUUUCGACGUAAGAGCGAAAGUAAAUUACUUACGGAGGGUCAAACGGCAAGAAAAGGAGUGUCAGCGUCCGAUGCGAUGACGAUGCCGUGGCUCUACCGACUGGAAAAAGAGCUGGCUGUACUGACAGCUGAGAUGGCAGUGACGCUAGUGAGUGGAGACCCGUAUUUUACUUACCAGGGCGACCACGGUACCACGAAACUUUCAGCUCGUUGGCUAACGAGCUCGUUACUCAGAGGUGGCUUGAACGCCAACUACCUGACGCAAAACAUCACACAAACGGACCCACAGAGUUCGCAACAGGGUCGAACGGUUAAACACACGCCGUUCCCAUUGUGUGACUGGGUGCGAGAUAGCUACGCAAGGAAAGACCCGUCAUAUCGAAUGAUCUUGCGACAGUCUCGACUCUCCAAGGCUUCGACGCACUCAGUAAAUGACACGCAGAUAGAGGCGGCGUGCUUCGCAGCACUGCUUCAUCACAACAUGCUCGGCACUCAGGCGUAUCACUUCGCUUUGGGAUUUAGAAAUACUACGCAGAAUCGAUCUUCCCCUCGAAGUUUCAUGCGUUUGUGGCAGUUUGUUGCUCAGUUGCGACGACGUGUGGCCACUAAGAAGACGGAGAUCAAGAAUCUGCCCCAGAAAGACUCGGAUUUAAGCGCUUUGGAUCGCAUUUCUGCUCUUCAACAAACGAUUCUGGAUCGAUGUAACCUUCUGCUAUUUCUAAAUGUCCACGAAGAGCAAGAACACAGGAAUCUUCAGCUAGAUGCCGGCUACAUCGCACCAUAUGAUCCAGCGUUCCUCGUCUCUGCCAGCUCAACUUUUAGCGUCUCUUCUUCAUCCGUUAAACGGCAUCUUCACGCUACAUACACGGACGAGAAAUCGCCCUUUCUGGUCGCGUUCCCAACGUCCAAAUGGAGACGAAUACGGACAAUUGUUCACACGAUUAUCCGCUGGAAAUCUGCUGCUACAGAUCUCCAAACGAACCGACAAAAUCAUGUUUCUCAGGAAGUGCUGGCCUAUAUUUUGUCGGACGAGCGCGUGUCUUCUACGGACGCAAUCCGAACGCUACUGGUCGAUCCGUGUCGACGUGUUAGUUGCUCGAUUCGAGGCCUUGAAACACUGUGGGAACUCCUCACUAUGGUCUCGUUUGACUCGAUCCAAACCGACGUUGUUUAUCAGAUCUCACAGGUUUUUGUGUUCCAAUCGUCGACUCCACUGCUCGCAUCCCACAACGCUGGGUACUUCUACUCGAGUCUAAAGAAUGAAACCUUUUACGAGUUUAUCGGACAAUUAACUGACAUGAUAACCGACAAGGCUGCAAAGCUGAUAAACUCGGGAGACCUGGACGGUACCAGUUCGUUCUGGAUCGUUAUUAUGCUGCUGAGUGUGUGGGGGAUCCACUUCAAUGAGGAGCAAUUCGAAUUUGUGAGUGACAUUGGAAUUCUUGACCUCUCGCGACUAAAAGAGACGUUGUGGGUUCUGUUCAGGUAUAUCUGCGCUCACUUCGCAGUACAAAACGCAUCAAGCGGAGAUAUCUACGUCCCCACGUUCCCUGUAUUGUCGGGCGUAUCACGGUUAUUAUAUAGUGAAGCCAUCUCGAUCUCGAAUCGAUUUUUGCCUCUACAACUCGCUGUGGAUAACGCGAAGCCGAUCGAAUCAAAUCUCACAGUUCCUGUGGCGGUCCGUAGGAGUUUUGAGGUCAUUACGUCGCCGCAACGAUUCUCCGCUCAGAGUAAAGGAGUGACGUGCAGCUACGAUGACAUGAUCUCUGCUUCCGAGACGACUACAGCUAUGUCUCCGUUACUUAAACCGAAUGAGUUUAGUGUCACGACGUGGCUUUUUGUUAACAGCCAGUCGGGUACACGAACGGAUAAUGAUCUUUUUGACGUGUCUGAUACCCCGCAAGACCGUCAAUUGAUAUUUAUUCGAGGUGCUGUACGUGAGAUAUCGCUGUACUUACUACUCCUACCUGAAAGCUCUGGUAAUUGGCAACUAGAAGUGGGCAUUCUCAUGGAUAUAGACCGAGAAGGAGACGCUGGAGAGCUGCCUAUUAAGGGCCGAAUAUGGGAGAGAAUGAUGUCGAAACAAGGCGUAGCAAGCGGGAAAUGGGUCCACGUGGCGAUAGUGUUAGAAGCCAUGAAAAUACGCCUCUAUUUGAACGGUAUUCUCGACUGUCAACGCUCGUUAGUAGCGCAAAGUACUGCUAUAUGGGCGGCUGGGAACGUGGAUCUUCCGCUUCAUUUCGGAAGAUUCCCAAUGACGCAAACUACGUCCUCCGUCUCUUCGGCUAUUGGCUUUCUGUCACGCUCACUUGGGAUCAUGAAAGGCGUUCAUUGGGACUCCGGAAUGAAUAUUCCGGAUCACACAUCAGGCGCGUUCCGGUGUUUCGACGGCUGGUUGAGCCACUUCCGCUUCCACAAUCGCUCGUUGUCUCCCAUCCACGUUCGCAUCGUUUACGACGAGAAAAAAUCUCCUUCUGGACUUUGUGAACGGGACGAUGACCAUUCGAAACUCGUGGAGUUGCACGCUUUACUCAUCCUACUCAGCACUUCAUCUGAAGGAAUAAUUCACUUCCGUUCCCAAUUUUACGAUUGGAUGAAGCUCAUUUGGGGUACGUUUCUCGGUACCAACUCAGCAGUGGUACAGCAGUCCGCGUUACGUGUCUUGUGUGCUCUACUACCUCUUCAACACCCCGUGGAUGCUUCGAAAGUACUGGUACAAGAGACGCCAGAGGCCCUUGGAUUCUACACAUUGGAGGAUGUUUUCGUCCAGCAAGUGCUCCGAAUGAUCGGAUUCUGCUUGAACAAAUGUCCACAAAGGACUUUAGAAGCCAGCGAGGCUGCUGUGGUGCCAUGGACACUGAUGUUGGCUCGUGGAAUUCAUGGUAAUCAAUUUUCUCUUGAGGUUCGAGACACCGAGCUACAAUUCGAUCUAGAAAAUGAUGUCGAGAGGCGGUACCAGUCGUCGAAGCGGCAGAGUCUGAUGCUGGCGAAUGAACUAAACCAGCUUCUACAGCGGCUUUUCAGAAAUUCGAACGGUACGUGGCGCCAGAGUAUUAUUCGAGUGAGUUCGAAUAUUACCCGGAAUUUUUCGAAUUCUCGAGACGUCGAGCCUGAAAUUUGUGGUAUUCAGUUUGGAAAGCACGUACUUUGUUUCUCUACCGUCAAGUGUGUGGAAUCGGUAGGCUGCUUGUACUUCCUUAGUGGAGGCUUCGAGUUUUUAAGACCAGGGAUCACUGUAGAAGUGCGAGGAUCGAGAGAUAUUGCCCAGGUUCUGUCGCUCGAAAAGUUUUUGGCUCGAAUGUCGAUUUUCCAGAUACUAGUUCACUUUACUCGAAGGUGA